AUGCUUGAUACAUGGUCCGAGCUCGAGGACACCGAGUACAAUGAGUUUGACGGCAUUAUCAACUUUCGUGAUGUCGGCAAGACGGUGAAUGCAUUUCUGGGGAAGAGAACCGAGCACCUCAUCGCCCAAGAAAAGCACAAAUUCCUCCAAAAGAACCUCCCCCUCAAAAUCCCCGGCAUCACCUACACCCGCAUCAUCCUCCCCUCCCGCCGCUUCGAGCUCUUCCUCCUCUGGCAACUAUCCUGGUUCAACAUCUUUAAAUUCCUCCUCCUCUACCCCCUCUCCCGCCCCCACGCAAUCUCCCUAAUCUCAACCCACGCCCUCGGCCCGCUAGGCCUCCCCUCUCUCUCCCUCAACACCCUCUCCCACUCCUCCCCCUCCAUCUCCCUCUGCCUCUCCUCCUGCCUCUCCGGCCAUCCCAAAAUAAUCCACUGCACCCAAGGAAAAGACCGCACCGGCCUCCUGGCCCUCCUCAUCCUCCUCAUCCUCCACACCCCAGUCCAAGCCAUAACCCACGACUACCACCUCACAAACUCGACCUCCCCCCUCAUCCGCUCCAUCCGCCUCGCCGAGGUCCGCGAGGUCGGCCUCCCCGACUCGUUCGCCGAGACAGACCAAGCCAUGGUAUCGUCGGUGAUCUCCUGGCUGGACGCAACCUACGGGGGCGUGGACGGGUACCUGGAUGCCAUCGGGUUCGGGGAGCAGAAGCGGGAGCGGUUGAGGGAGAUCCUACUCUGCCGGGGGGAGGAUGAUAAUGAUGCAAAAGAAAAGGACGUGCGGAUAUCACCAGUUUCACCCUCGGCGUCGUCGUCGGAUUUGGAGGAGGGUGACGUGAUGGUGGUUCAGAUGGGGAAGGAGGUGGGGAUUUGA